AUGCAUCGUUCCCGAAGUCUCAAUCUUCUAGAAUUUGAUCCUGAAAUCGAAGGGACUUUCCGAAAGAGGCUUAGAGAACAAAACGAGUUGAAAAGACAACAACGAGACAUGGAGCAUCAAGAAGGUCAUCUGGACCCUCUUAUUCAACAUGAACAAGCUCCUCGGGACGGUGUGCCGCCUGGUUUUGAUAAUCAAGCGGGCAGGGUUCAAAAUCCUGUAGUAAAUGAGGAAGAUAUGUUGUUUAGGGAUUUUCUGAACCGCCCUAUCGUUGAGAACCAAGCGGGUAUCAUUUACCCAUCAUAUGGACAUCCUAACUUUCAACUACGACCGGAUGUCAUUAAUCUAUUCUCCAAUUCUUUAUCAUUCUAUGAUAAGGCAAGAGAGUGGAUUGACACUCUACCUGCGAGGAGUAUCACGAGUUGGGUGGAGUCGGUGCAAAAAUUCACUACUAAAUUUUUCCCACCUGCUCGUGUGGCCAAGUUAAAGCACGAUAUAACCACUUUCCAACAACUUGACUCUGAAACCUUUCACGAGGCUUGGGAGAGGUUCAAGGACAUGCUAAGAAAGUGCCCAAACAAUGGGAUUACUUUACCACAACAAGUCCAGUACUUCUACGCCGGGUUAACUCCUUCUCACCGCUCAAAUGUUGACUCAUUGUCAAACGGAUCUAUCCAAAACAAAAGUAUCCGAGAGGCGUAUGAGCUAUUUGAGGUAAUGAGUGAACAGAGUGCCAUGUGGCCAGAUAGACGUGCUAAAGUGGGAGUUAGUGGAGCUCGAGAGAGUGAAGCAUUCUCUCUUAUGUUAUCAAAGAUUGACUUUCUAGCACGAAAAGUAGAAGGACUUUCUACUUCGUCAUGUGGCUCUCAUUCAGCUCAUAUGGUCCAAUCCUUAUCGAUCUGUGAAAUGUGCGGAGCUAAUCAUUUGAGUUCAGGUUGUCCGUUGAUUGCCAGUAGUUUGGGAUCCACCGAGCAAUUGGCAUAUACACAAAAUUUUCAACGCCCUGGGAAUGUCUUAAAUCCUAAACCACAAGAGAAGAAAGAAGGUUGGGAAGAGGCCAUUGCUAAGUUAGCAAAUCAUCAAUUGCAAUACCAAGAACGCAAUGAUGCAUCGUUGAAAAAUUUGGAAAGGCAGGUGGGCCUGAUUGCAAAACUUCUCUCUGAGAGGCCUCAAGGGGCUUUACCCAGUGACACUGAAACAAAUCCCAGAGAGAAUGCAAAGGCCAUUAUUACCAGGAGUGGGAUUCAAUUACCUGAACCCACGGAGCCAUUAACAUCAAAGACUCCAAUUCUAGUCAAAGCCUAUAUACCUCCUAUUCCUUUCCCUCAAAGGCUCCAGAAGCAUAAACUGGAUAUUCAAUUUGGUAAGUUUUUGGAGGUGUUUAAAAAGCUACACAUUAACAUUCUGUUUGCAGAUGCUCUGGCUCAAAUGCCGAGUUAUGCGAAGUUCAUGAAAGAUAUCCUUUCUAACAAAAGGAAACUUGAAGAGCAUGAAACGGUGAUGUUGACGGAAGAGUGUAGCGCCAUUCUCCAGAACAAAUUGCCUCCUAAAAUCAAAGAUCCAAGGAGCUUUACUAUUCUAUGUGCUAUUGGGGAUCUUAAUUUUACUAAAGCUUUGUGUGAUCUCGGAGCGAGCAUUAACUUAAUGCCCUUGUCUAUUUUUGAAAAGUUGGGAAUGGGAGAAGCAAAGGCUACUACAGUAUCAUUGCAAUUGGCCGAUCGGUCAAUUAAAUAUCCUCGAGGUGUGGUUGAGGAUGUCUUGGUAAGAGUGGAUAAGUUCAUCUUCCCUACUGAUUUCAUUAUACUUGACAUGGAAGCAGAUAAUGAUAUCCCUAUCAUUCUGGGACGACCAUUUCUUGCCACCGGCUGA